AUGGACGCAUUACUGUUCUGCUCGAGCGAAAAAGAUGACGAGACGGCUAGGGAGGAGCCCCCGCUCUUCCAGAAGGUGAAGCCUGCAAUUGCAGCACCAUCGAAGACGCCCGAGCGACAGCAGAGCAGUGCCAGCUCUGCCGACGAAGCUCUCGAGAUCCUCCGAAGUGAGCCGGGCUACGAUUCUCUCAUCUCCUCAUUGCGCUUCUUGGGCACGGACAAUACCAGCUUCAACGUUCACGAACCUACCCCUCUCUCGGCGCAAAUCGUCCAGGUCCUAGUCACAGCCAUCCUUCCGAACUACUGGACGCUCUUGCAAGAAGAACAUGUCGAUUUGGAGUUGUUUCUAGCCUGCCUACGCAGCGUUACAGGGCUCAGCGCCCUAGCUGUCCGACUUCGUGCUCUGAUUGCAGAGGCAAACACCAGUAGCGCCACGAAAGAGCAGUCGUCAAACGUCUCUUGGGAGCUUCGAGCUGUGGUAGCAGUGAUAUGCAAGCUGCUGGCAGACGAAUCCUCUGUCUCCGAGCUGUGGACCGCCAGCGUUUCCGAUGUCGUCUCCGACACAAAACGACGACCGCUCUCCCAGGAGUACCUCAAUAUGGUGGGCAGCGGCAGGAUCAUGUCUCUUGCCGCAGAGGCAACGUCAAUCGUGCAAAAACAGUCUCGGGAUCUGGAGAACGAAGUCCUCUACUGGAUAGCAGACGGAAAAGCCUAUAGCCAAUGGCUUGUCCGUGGCAUCAUACGAUGGGGUUCGAAGGACAUAAACCCCGAAGACAAGAAGCUGCGUGGAGAUCUGCUUGUAAAGGCCAUGCGGCUUGGUUAUCCUGAUGUUGUGAUUGCGACCCUCUUGUACGACCUCCUCGACGAUGUUGAGAACGGCGCGGCCGAAUUCAGCUGUCUGCUAGAACAACUGCCAGCACACGAGCAGAAGAAGAUGCUUGCCGGGAUUUUGGGGCUCAUGCCAGAGAAAUUCAGCCGACCAAGUUCUGGAGAGUCUACUGUAGAAGACGCAUCGAUUAUACCAGCCAUGGCUGGGUUGAUUCAACAAAUCGUGGGAGGCGGUGGUGUGAUGCAGGAACAACUCGUCGCAUGGCUAUUGUCCUCGCCUGGUGUUGGCCUGGAGAAUGGGAUAGAUGUCCGGCGCGCGGCCAUGGCAGUUGUCGCCAAUGACAGCAAAAGCAUGUCGGACAUCCUGGGAAAGUCGCUGGCCGAGUUCGGUGACCAGCUUUUCAUCAAGCACACGCCAAGCAUGCAGCAAGAAGCCAAGGCGCAGGUAUUGCUGCUUGCGGCCGGAUACGUCCACCGCACGAAUUCGCGAGCUCUCGCUGCUUUGUUGAGAACACGCACGUAUCUGAGUACCGUAUCCAACCGACUGAGUGCGUCACAAACCAGAGCCCGGUUCUUGGGAAUGGUUGUCGGAGAAGCGCUGUCUGGUCUGGUGGAUGGCGGAAAGAAGCUAAAUUUCGACAUGGAGGAAAUGCAGUCCGAGGAGGCCAAAUGGUACAAGGAAUUAGUGCAUACCAAUGAUGGUGUUGGUCCCAUUGAUAUACUGCGGCCAAGAGGACCGCCGGUGAAAAGCUCUGAAAAGGCAAAGCAAAGGAAACCAACACCACAAGAGACGACAAUAACGGCGGCAGUGAGACGACCGGUGCCAAUUCCAAAGUCCUCCGGAUUUGUGAUUGAAGAACUAGACGACAGUGCCGAGGAUGAUGACGAUGACAUAGUUCCCUACGGGAAGCCAGACUCGGAUGCCGAAGAUUCAGACGACGAUCCGACUAUGCUGCGAAGAGACAAGCCCAAAGCGCCAGUGUACAUCCGUGACUUGAUAACAUACUUCCAAGACACAGAGAAUUACGACAAGCAGAGGUCGGCUCUCACGACGGCACCUAUUCUCAUCCGACGCAAGGCCACGUUUGGAACAGAAGUCCAGCAGCACGCACGGGAUCUGGCCGCCAUCCUCGUCGGCUUGCACGACACCUACGACAUGGAUGACUUCCACCGGCUGCGUCUGCAAGGCAUGGUCUCCAUUGUGGUUGCACAGCCCAAGAUGGUUGGCCCAUGGCUCGCAUCGAUGUUUUUCGAGGGCGACUACUCGCUGGCGCAGCGAGCAUCGAUUCUCACGGCACUUGGCCUGGCCGCAAGAGAACUGGCCGGCUUCGAUGUUUCUGAGCACGCGUCUGCAGCUACAUUUCCAACAAAACAACUUCCUGAGCGAGUGGAACGGCUGUACAGCCAGCCUGUUGCGAGUGGCCAUGGAUCGGGUGGUAAUCCCCAGUCACCGUCAUCAAGCCUAAGAGCCCUGCCACCUGGUGCUCUCGACAGCAUUGCCGACUCGCUUACAGCUAAGCUCCUGGGCCCCAUCGCGGCCAAGGCAGCCGAUGAAGCAACAGGCCCAAAUUUCCUGAAGCUUUCGUCCUUCACAUCACGUCUUAAUGUUGGCAGACAAGCCACCAAGCCCACAAAGACGGCCAAGGCCACCACGACAACAAACACGGCAGCCCCCGUCAUUGCCACCGCCAUUUUCUUCCCGUUAGCAGCGCGCUUCCAACUGGCAUUGCACAUGCUGGCGGCCAGCUCGUCCGCCGCCGCGCGCAACACGCGCAAUGUCCUCUUUGAGCCGUCUGUCCUGUCGCUCUAUCUCAAGACGCUGGCCGUGUCUCUGCACGCAGUCGGUCCCGGCGCGCUGGCGCUGCCAGACAUGACGGCCGAGCUGUGGAGCCUACUCCUGGGCAGCAGCGUGCAGGCGCACUGUGUGGGCGAUCUUGUUGUAACCCACGCGGUUCUUUUUGCGCUGCUGGCGCUGCUAGACGUGAACGAGGGCCGAAUGCGCGAAAUAUGUCGCGACAUGUCGCGUGAGGUGGUCCAAACGCGCGAUUGGCUCAUGCAGGUGCUACAAAGCACGCGCGCUGGAGGCGACGGACAGGAGAAUGAGGUCCAGAUGUUGGCUGCCGGCACGUAUAUUCGCCUCACCGAAGGAAUGGAGAGCUACCGCAGUCUCCUCUUGGGCGAGAUGAUAGGGUAA